UUUUGUGUAAAAUUGACAUUAAUAGGAAACGUACCGGCAUUUGGUAAAACCUCCAACUCAAACGAGCAGCCAUAAAACAACAGCAAAAUGAGUGCCGGACAACAGGAUAUGUUUCUGCUGGACUGUCCCACCUACGAGGACUAUUUGGACACAUUCAUUACGCGUAAAGACAUUCACUUUCUACGCAACAUACGCUUCUGUCGUAUGCUAGUCGAACUUGGUUAUCGUUCGGCGUCCGAAAUCUACACGCCCGAGCAGUAUGAGAAGCGGAAGGCGGCCGUACAAGAAUCGUUGUGGCCGACCAAAAAAUCGGCAAUGCUAUUCAGUGAAAAUAUGACCUCAGACGAUCCAGUACUGCUCGAGUUGGCACGACGUGAACAACCAAAUACGCAGAAAAUCAUAUCGACCAUCAUCUUUAUUAAGCAUCGCUUCAAAUCGGGCUUCGAAGCUUCAGGCUACAUUGACUUCGAACACAGUCUGAGACAGGCAAAUUUGAUGGCCGAAAAUUGCACCGAUUGGCUGGGAAUUUUUCAAGAGCGCAUUCAACUACGUCCGAAACCCACAGAUCUCAGCUUCUACGAUUGGCAUAAGGGCACUGUGAACUAUAAUCAUUCGGAAAACUAUGCAGUUUUGCACGACGUCGAGAAUGGUCUGUUGUUCAUGCAUAGCGGUGAUCACAAAAAAAUCUGUGUCGAUGUAUCGCGUGAAAUGUAUACGAAUAAUUGCACGCGCGAAAUGCAUUUCUCGGAAAAAUAUGGGCAUGUAAUAUUCUAUGAUCAUGUGAUUCGAAAGAAGAUAUAGAUUUUGCUUCUUUUUUUUUUUUUUAUAUGAUAAUUUUUCUUUA